UUCUCACUUGAUCACCCCUUUGACUCCUCACUCUCCCCCCAAACUCACCAACUCCUUUUUCUUUUCUUUUCUUUUCUUGGGUCUGAAAAUAGUUUAACUAAUCCUCAGAAAUUUAGUACUGUAGAUUGUGUACUCUCAUAAGUUCCUAAAUUUUAGAGAGAGAGAAAAAAAAAAAGAAAAAUUUGUGUCUUUGAGUCUUUUUUCAAUCCAUAAAAAACAGGGAAAUUAGAUUAAUUAUUGGGUAAAAAGAAAAAAAAGUAAUCUUUUUAUGUAGUUGUGUUUUGUUUAAUCUAAUUUUUGGCAAGUUUUAAUCUUUCUGAAGUGAUUAUAUUUGAAAAUGAAGAAAUCAAGUUUCAGACAGGAGACAAAGAGACAGUCAGUGAGAUGAAUUAUUUAUUAAGUAAAAGAUAUUGCUUAUACUUUUUUUAUUUAUAGAAGUAAUACUAUUCUUUUUUUAUUUGCCUCUUUUUCUCUGCAACUCAAAAAUGGUUAGAUUUAUGUAAGAUUUUGAUGCAAACACAAGAAACCCAACAAAAAAAAAACAAUCUAGAGAGAGAAAGAAGAGAGAGAAAGAGUGUUUUUUUAGUUUUUGGGUGAAAGAAAUUAUGAUGUUGAAGAAUAUGAAGAUGAGAUGGGUAGCCAUGAAAGGAGAUGGGAAAAAAGGAAGAAUGAAAUGGGGUGGAUUUCUUAUGAUUUUAUCUCUAACUAUUUUUUCUCUCUUCACUCUUUUAUUACUUGCUAGAUAUACUGUUAAACAGCACAGUAAUUAUGAUUAUGGAGGUUUUGAUUCUCAUCAUUUUUCACCAUUUUCAAUCUUUGCUUGGAAACCCAUCUUUGCAAGUUCAGAUCUUCCCAGAAAUAGUCCCCUGCAUAAAAGGCUAUGGGGCCCAGUUAGGGAGUUGGUUUCUUUGUAUCCACAUGCAAAUCCUAGAGGACCUUAUGCUGCUCCCAGCUUGCAAUCAACGGGCUUCCUUUUUAUCAGGAUCCGAGGAGGUUUUCACGAGAUCCGGAAUGCUAUCUCCGAUGCUGUUGCAGUAGCACGGCUGCUCAAUGCUACUCUUGUUAUCCCUGAGAUCCUCUCCACCACUAGCAGCAAGGGAAUCAGCUCAGAGUAUAAAAGUUUUGCUUAUUUGUAUAAUGAAGAACAAUUCAUGGCAGCAUUAGCCAAAGAUGUCAAUAUUAUUAAAACUCUUCCUAAGAAUCUUAAGGAGGCGAGGAGGAAAAAGGCAGUUCCUUUAUAUAGGGUACCGAGCUCAGCAACUCCUUAUUUCUAUUUGCAUCAAGUUUUGCCAAUGUUAAGGAAGCACUCAGUUGUUGAACUUGUUGUCUCUGAAGGUGGAUGUUUGCAGUCAAACCUUCCUCCUGAUCUUGAAGAGUAUCAGAGGCUGAGAUGCAGGGUUGCCUUUCACGCACUUCAAUUCCGCCAGGAGGUCCAAGAGCUUGCAGCCAAAAUUAUGAGAAGAUUACGGUCGGUCGGAAGGCCAUUCAUUGCUUAUGAACCAGGGAUGACCAGGGAGGCUCUGGCAUACUAUGGCUGUGCCGAGCUUUUCCAGGAUGUGCACACCGAGCUGAUUCAACAUAAAAGGUCAUGGAUGUUGAAACGGGGAAUUCUGAAAGGAAAACUUUCUGUGGAUUCUGCUCAACAAAGGCUCAAUGGUUCUUGCCCCCUCAUGCCGGAUGAGGUUGGUCUUGUUCUCCGUGCAUAUGGAUAUCGGUCAGACACGGUUAUAUACAUCUCUGGUGGAGAAGUCUUUGGCGGUCAGAGACUGCUAAUCCCUCUGCAUGCAAUGUUUGAAAACGUUGUUGAUAGGACUUCCCUCAGCACAAGUCAUGAGCUGACUAGACUAUACGGCCGUGAGGCAAUUUUCGUGCACCCUCCACCAAGAUUUCCUCCCUCAGUUGCUGAAGGAAAGAAGCUUGAAGAAUGGAAAAAGGUGGGCCCACGACCUCGUCCACUACCACCCCCUCCGGCACGGCCUAAGUAUCCUCAUAAUAUUGAAGGGUGGUGGGGUUGGGUAGCAGAGAGUGAUAAUGAACCUGAGAGUACUGUGAUGGAGCUCAGAACUAAUGCUCAUAAAUUGCUUUGGGAAGCCAUUGAUUACAUUGUUUGUGUUGAAGCCGAUGUUUUUAUUCCGGGGUUUGACCGUGAUGGUAAAGGACGUCCAAAUUUUGCCAGCUUGGUUAUGGGGCACCGACUGUAUCAGUCUGCUGCUGCUGUGACAUAUAGGCCUGACAGGAAAGAAGUAACCAAACUCAUAGACGAUCUCCGUGAGGGUAUGCACCCGGCUAAUCGAACAUGGCUUUCAUCAAUACGCAAACAUCUAAGAAGAACGUUGCUCGAUGGUCCCAUGGAAGCAUUUAAUACUUCAAAACCACUCUCUUUUCUCUCACAUCCCGUUCCCGAGUGUUCAUGCUCGAGGGGCAAAACUAAUACUUUAACUGGUUUCGAUCCUCAAGUUGCUUAUAAGGUUCGGGCGAGUUGCCCGGCUUGGAUGAGUAUUAACGUAAAGUCAAGGCUAAAAGAAAAAGAAAGCGACGAUGAAAUUAACAUUGAUGAUGGCUUUAUAUCAUCGUUUUUCUUCGGUCGUGGUUCAGAAAAUCAAGGGACGAGUAAUGGCGGAAAUGCCAGUCGAGAGGAGACGAGUAAUGGCGGAAAUGCUAGCCGAGAGGAGACACGGUUGGAGGACCAAGAAGAGCUUGAAGGUCAGGAAAGAUGACAAAUACCAUAUCCUUGAGCUCAUGUACAUAGAGAAAAACCAGAUGGUUUGGAAAUUCUUCAAGCUUCUGCUUUUAACUGCCACUUUCCAAUUCUUGGCUAAUUCAGAAGCAUUUGGCUAGGCGUCGAAUAGGGUAGAAACAAAUGGGAAAAUUUCAGUGUAAAUCCAUUUUCUGAAGAAAUUUUGUUUCUUAGUAACUUUUUGAUUAAUAGCUCUUAUUUGUGUAUGAUUAGGAGAACUUUCAGAAUUUGAAUGUUACUUUAUAAUGUAGAAUGUUUAUGAAUAGAUGGUAUACAUAAUUUUUCAGCUGGAAA